AUGGUGGCCGACCCUUUCUCAGCAGCUUCGAAACCAUUUAUCCCACCGGACUCAUUUCCUUCACGUCCUCUUCCAUUCGCAGCCACAUUAGAUGACCCAUCUUCCUCCUCAAUAGUACAUAAAUUACCGAAACCCAAGCUCCACAAAGAGGGUGUACCUUCUAGCUUUCCUAGUCCGAUAUACAGCCAUUCAAGGCAAGCUAGUUCUGCAUCCAUCUCUACUACUGCAGGACAGCUGGCGGCUGGAUUAGACUUGCUAGGUCUAAGCAGUCCUGGAGCAGGGAAGGUGCGAGAUAUUGGAAGUGAUGAAUGGAUGAUGGAAAUGGUAGCGAAAUGUGUUGAUGCUGCCAAAGGAGAUCUGAUUAUAACCGGGCAUGGUCUCAUCAACCUGUCAACUAAGAUAUCAGAGCUUCGAGACCUUGUUACACUUCCCAGCUCAUCUUCACCUAAACCACGUUUAUCUCACGGUCCACAUCACUCUCCCUCGAUGAAUCUCCGAUAUCCUGCCGAUCUAUCUUUGUCGCCUGGUGCAAACCAUCUAUCAGCAAAUGCAAGGUCUUUUACGAGAUCCACUUCCGCCCCUGCUUCCUCAUCCUCCUUCUUCAACACACUACAUCAGUCCGCGUACAGCCGUACACCGAGUGGACUUGGAGCUAUAGUCCAAUCUCCGGGCUCACCGACUACGACCGAAGCAAGCGAGGAUGCUGAGGACAGGAGAGCGUUUGGAACACCAAUCGCAAACGGAAACGGAAGAGCGCUGUUAGGCAGUCCUAGCUUACCUACACCUCCUCCAACGGGGCUCGCCUCACCUUCCCUAAGCGAACAGCGUAAAAGAUCUUUUGGGAGGAGUAAGACUGGGGCGGUGAACUUGAUUCAAGGCAAAGCAAUGGAUAUAGGUAUAUAUGCUGGACAAAAUAGUUUGACCAGCUUACCUUCCGCACUGUUCGAAAUAUCAAAUCUUACCGUUCUAAGUCUUCGAGGAAACAAAUUGACGUCUCUGCCAGCUGCUAUUGGAGAACUGAGGCAUCUGAAAGAACUCAACGUGGGAUUGAACCACCUGACUGAGUUGCCAUCUACAAUUCUACAUCUAAAUCUCGACCUUUUUACUGCAUCUCCUAACGAUUUCCCCAAACGACCUUCUCAUGAGGAACGAUUCUCCGAUAUUAUACUAAACUACGACCACCCUGUUACUCGAUUAACGACGAUAUGCAUGAAUAUACUGAUAUCCACAAGACCACCUAAUGACCUUCCACCACUACUCGACAUGUUCGAGUGGGAUCAUCCUAAAAGAGGUGUUCCUCAUCCCCUAUUAGAUUCCGAAGCUAUGCACGAGGUUAUACCCAGCCACUCAGUAUCCGAUCUCGGCCGAGUGCUGCAAACGUUGAGAACGGCCAGUACAACCUACAAGCAUCGUAAAACCUCUGGAGGAAGACGGUCCCUUGACUCUUCGGUUGAUCCUUUCCCAAGACCAUAUAAACCACUACCUCCGGAUGAUGCUUCGACCAACCCAUAUUUCUACCCUUGCCCAUCGCCGCGUCAUCUGGAAAUGAACCUUGACACAACAAGCAGGCCGACCCGCCACUUAUUUCUGCAUCCAGCCGAAGAACGGAUAGAAUGGCGAGAAGUAUGUGGUACGAAAGAUCUGCCUAUCAAAUGGAGAGGAUGUUCCCCUGGUUGUUUGGACUUUCUGGAAAAAGACGAAGAAGAAGAAUGGACAAUGGAUAGCGAAGAAGACUGGUAA